ACCUUAUUCCCUCUCUCUCUCUCUCUCUCUCAUAUCACAACCUUUUCACUAGUCUUACCUGCUCUUUCUCUCUCUCACUUCCUUUUCGCUCCUAACCUUUCUACCCCUAACAAAACCUCUCUCUCUCUCUCACUUGCUCAACUUUCUCACUCAACAACCACCAAAGUUCCAAGAAACCAAAAACUAGAACACAAAACCAGUUAAACAAGAAUUCUUAGCUGAUUAGCUUGUACAAACCAAACAAAACAAAAUAAAUGAGGCCACUCUCUUCUCCUUCCAUCCCAAAAAACUUACACCUUUCAAACAAGUUAUAAGCACUCCACCCAUCGAUCUUCAUUUCCUUCCAGAAAAAAAAAAACUAAAACUCUCCCACCUCACACAGCAGUCCACAUCUCUUUCUUCUCAUCAAAACUUUGAUCACCUUUAGCUAUUUCGGGCUAUAACCUCUCUUUCGGUGUCCAUAUGUUCGCAGUUCGCUAAUGCUCCUUCUUAUAUUUCUUGUAUCCUCGAGAAUGAUAUCGCUAGAAGGGAUCGUAAUAGGGUGGUGAUUUGCUAGUUUCUUUUGGUUUUCUCGUGCUUCGACCUGCUUCUACACCGGAAAAAAGAAAUACUCACCAAUGGAGGAGCAUGUAGAGCUUCAAACUGCUCACCAACCCAAUGUUUCAAUUAUGUCACCAUCUUCAUCUUCUUGCAGUGCUGGUAUUUUCCCUGUGUCUUUCGCUUCGGUUUGGACUGAACCGCAUGAUAAAACUGGAGUUGUGAACCGGCAGCAACAUUAUAUGGCAGAAAAUGGGGAGGCACCGUCCACAGCCGGGUCAGCCAAUGAGAUUGAAUGGCUUAGAUUUAUUCACAUCACGGCCAACGGUGGGAUGAAGUGGAAGGAUGUAGGGGAGCAGUUCGACCGGCUUGCAUUGACCAGACACGGCGUUGAACCGGCUAUAAAAUCGUCGGAUUUUGGUCUGUGCAUAGGGAUGCACCAGUCGCCGGAGUUUGCUAAUGAGCUAUUAAGGGCUCUAAGAAGAAGAAUGGAUCGAAAUUUCGAUAUGACAAAAUGCGAACUGUAUGGUUACUGGUGUCGUAUGACUGACCCUUGCUUCGAUUCAAGGAUACGAAUAUACUUUGACUUGUGUGACAGAAACAUGGAUGGAAGAGUGACUGAGAAAGACAUUAAGCAGACCAUAACACUAAGUGCUUCUACGAAUAAGUUGUCUUUAACUCAUGAGGAAGCAGAAGACUAUGCUGCAUUAGUCAUGAAAUUGCUUGACACCGAAAACCGGAGUUACAUUGAGUUCCCUCAGCUAAGGACUCUCUUCAAUGUGAUGAGCUUAUCAAAAAGCUCAUUUUCAACUAAUCACUUUUCAAUCAGACUUAGUCGUCUACAUCGCAGUUUUGAUCCAAUUGAAGAGCCAAGGUCCAAAACUGAAAUUUUAUUUCGAUCAUACUGGCGGCGUGCAUGGAUAGUUUUGCUUUGGUUGAUCAUUUGCAGUGCGCUUUUCGCUUGGAAAUUCACCCAGUAUCGCCAUAGAGCAGCUUUUCAAGUAAUGGGUUACUGCUUAUCCACUGCUAAAGGUGCUGCAGAAACCCUGAAGUUCAACAUGGCUCUGAUUCUCCUUCCUGUUUGCCGUAAUACAAUCACGUGGCUUCGCAAGAACCGGUCUAUAAACUCCAUCAUUCCGUUUAACGACAACAUAAACUUCCACAAAAUGAUUGCAGGAGGGAUAGUAGUAGGAGUAAUCCUACAUGGAGGUUCUCACCUUGCUUGUGAUUUUCCAAGAAUCAGCGACUCGGAUCGUAUGGUCUUCCGGCAAACAAUAGCUGCCCGAUUCGGGUACCAUCAGCCAUCAUACUGUGAAAUAUUGGCUACAAAGGAGGUGGCAACAGGGAUUGCAAUGGUAGUACUAAUGGCCAUCGCAUUUUCUCUUGCAACAAAAUGGCCACGCCGCCAGUCGCCUUCGCUGCCAAAGUCUGUCCGGAAUGUCACAGGCUACAACGCCUUCUGGUACUCGCACCACCUGUUCAUUCCUGUGUACGCAUUGCUCAUUCUCCACUCCAUGUUCCUCUUCCUAACCAACAAAGCAACCGAAAAAACGACAUGGAUGUACAUUGCCAUUCCAGUUGUAUUGUACGCUGGAGAACGAGUUUUCCGAGCCAUAAGAUCGGGGUUUUUUGAGGUGGAGAUUUUGAAGGCAAGUAUUUAUCCAGGAAAAGUUUUGUCCCUCAAAUUGCAUAAACCAGAAGGUUUUAGGUACCUGAGUGGCAUGUACAUAUUCAUCCAAUGCCCUCAAAUUUCACCGUUUGAAUGGCACCCUUUUUCCUUGACUUCGGGGCCGGAAGAUGACUACCUAAGAGUUCAUAUUCGAACUGCUGGAGACUGGAGUUAUCAGAUAUACAGUCUUUUCCAAGAGGCAACAUUAUCUGGAGUUGAUGGCUAUCCGAAGGUACACAUCGAUGGACCUUAUGGUGCUGCCUCUCAAGACCAUGUUAAGUACGACAUCGUUGUUCUCAUCGGUCUAGGCAUAGGCGCUACGCCUUUCGUUAGCAUCCUUAAAGACGUUGUCAAUGCUGCUAAAAAACCACAUUGUGAUCAUAGUGGUUGCAGAAAAUGCGGCUCAAGAAAGGCUCCAUUGAAAGCCUAUCUUUAUUGGGUUACAAGAGAACAAGGCUCCUUUGAUUGGUUUAGAGACAUCAUGAACGAAGUCUCAAUCUCAAACCAAAAGCAGUCCGUUGUGGAGAUGCACAAUUUCUUAACAUGUGUGUAUCCGGAGGGGGAUGCGCGAUCGGUUCUAAUAAGCACUAUACAAGCGUUGCAUCACGCGAAAAAUGGUACCGAUUUUCUCUCCCGGACUCCGGUACGCACACAUUUCGGUCGACCGGACUGGUUCAACAUCUUCUCAAAAUUAGCAAGGAGACACAAAGAAGAACGGAUUGGGGUUUUCUAUUGCGGCCCAUCAUCUGUCGCGAAAGAGCUGGAGAGGAUGUGUACCAAAUUUUCCACCAAAUCCUCCACAAGAUUUGUAUUCCACAAGGAAAAUUAUUAGAAUUCACACCCAUUUUUUUUUACAAUUUUUAACCAAAAGGUACAGACGUUUUGUCGAAAUGUCGAUUGAUCAUUUUUGUACCAAA